AUGCAUGAACAGUCUGGCGGUCAGGCGAACCCUCGAACAACGGCCAGUAUUCUACAAACUGUCGCAGCCGCCUCAAGCGCUCGCUCCGUCGUCAUGACCGCUAGCGCAUUCGUCAUCUUCGGACGUUCGAGGAUCAGGAUCCGAUGCUUCUUCGACAGCGGGUCAAUGGUCUCCUUCGUUACCAGCAAGCUGAUUCGCCAGCUUCCGGGCAUCCCACCAGAGGCUCGCGUCGACCUAAAUCUACAGGCUUUCGAUAGCCAACACGCCAUCACCACGAAUCGUUACGCUCUCCGGCUGGUGGGUGCUCGCGACGAGUGCGAGUCGAUCGAGAUUCACGCCCACGAGUAUGAUUUCGGUGUCGACCCUCCAUCUAACUGCUCGGACCAAAUGCGACAACUCAUUCGGCAUUUCGGAGUGACGCAUCCGCUGGCCGACCCAUCCAUCAUCGAUCACGUCGACGAUGCUGCUCCUGAUCUGUUGAUUGGAGUAGACCAAAUGUACAAGAUUCUUCACCUGAACAAGGAAGCCGUAAUCGAUGGGAACUUGAUCGCCAAAUCCUCGAGAUUCGGUUGGCUGAUCUCCGGCUCUUACGGACCCAAUUCGACUCGCGGCGAUGUAGUCCGAGUCCAGCCCAUCUGCUGCGCAGCUACGAUGUCUCAGCCUGCGGAAGAUCUCGAGCGUCUUUGGAAAUUGGAGGUGAUCGGGCCCGCCGAAUCCGCGGAAAGCGACCUGAACGAAGCCGACCAUGAGGCACUCCGACAGUUUGGGGAUAGCAUCGCAUACGACGGUCAGCGUUACACUGUCGCUAUGCCAAAACGUGAUUCCAUUGAACAGCUGUCGAACAAUCUCGAAACUGCUCUCUUUCGUUUAUCGGCGAAACGCCGCGCACUAACGCGCGAUCCCGAGUCCCUGGAUCGAUACGAUAGAGAAAUCAUGGCCUUCGUUCGAGCAGGUCAUGCGGAGGAAGUCUUCGAUGCCGAUCUGACAGCUCCAAGCGCUCGGGACCACCGAUUCUACUUGCCGCAUAGACAAGUCAUAACCCAGAGAGAAGAUGGGGACAAAUGGAGGAUCGUUUUCGAUGGAUCUUCCUCAGCAGCCGGCGAGACAUCGCUCAACUCUCAUUUGUUAGCCGGCCCAAAUCUGAAUCCAGACAUUCUGCGUCUCCUUUUCAACUUCCGACUUCGAGCAGUGGCCCUCUCAGCUGACAUCGUACAGGCUUACAUGACCAUGACCUUGCUGCCGAGGAUCGCCCCCUCUUCCGUUUCCUGUGGCAGGGACCCAAGGAUACAAGAGUUCGCUGUUUCCAAUUUCGAAGGUUUCGACUCAGAAGCAGAAGCGAUCCAGUUCUGCGACAAAAUCAUGGAUUGGAUGCAAUCAGCGAGCAUGAGUCUCGGGAAAUGGAAGUCCAACUCGCGGGGCGUCAUCGACCAUCUCAGGACUCGAUCGAUCCUCUCGAGAUCAUCCGCCGUCUUGGUCGAGACUGGACUACUCCGGGUCCUGGGCAUCGCUUGGGCUCCGGAGAGCGACCAGUUCCAGUUUCAAAUGUCGGAUGUCAGCCGGCUUGCGGGGGCGGGGAAGACCGCCACCAAGCGGCAGGUGCUUCGCGUGGUCGCUUCGAUCUUUGACCCGGUCGGCUGGUUGAUUCCCUUCACACUUCGAGGCAAGCUACUUGUCCAGCGACUGUGGUCACAGACGCUUCGAUGGGACGAUCCGCUCUCCGGUCCCCUGCUCGACGACUUCCGGGAAUGGGUGGCCGAGAUCCCGACCCUAUCGCGCCUUCGAAUCCCUCGUUUGUAUGGGGAUCCUGGCAGAGGAGUCAUCGGAUAUCAACUCCAUGUGUUCGGCGACGCCAGCGAGAAAGCGUAUGCUGCCGCCGCCUACCUCCAGACCUUGUACGCCGACGGAGGCAGUGGCUGUUCACUCCUGAUGUCCAAGUCCCGCGUGGCUCCUAAAGAGAAGGUCUCAAUUCCCCGACUCGAAUUGUUGGCUGCCUUGCUCAGCUCUCGUCUAGGAGCUUUCGUCACCGAGAGGCUGGGAGCGAAACUCGAUAGGACGACCUACUACACCGAUUCAGCGGUCACUUACUAUUGGUGUAUCGCAGAAGAACCCACCAGGUGGAAAACUUGGGUCUGCAACAGAGUCACCGAGAUCCAGAAGCUUACUUCUUCGAAACAGUGGUUUCACGUCGAGGGGAAGCAUAAUGUCGCUGAUAUCGCAUCUCGGGGUACGUCCGCUCAGGAUCUUCUCUCGAACCCGGAGUGGUUUGGAGCUCCCUCGUGGCUGUCUGAACCUGAGGACCAUCGACCGGUAAAGCGCCUGCGGGCCGGUUGUGACAAUACGGAUUCAAUUAGUAAGGAACUCCGAUUAGUAGUCACUCCCGCAGUCGUUGCGCCUGAAUUGGUAGAUCUUCAGCGAUUCAGUAGCUGGGAAAAAUCGCUCAGGGUAGUGGCGAACGUGCUUCGAUUCGUUCGGCGUUGCCGCCGCCGUAACGUUGGCGACUCCGUCGGGGAGGCCGAAUUACGGUCGCAGUCCGAGCUACUCCUCAUCAAAUGGACUCAGUCUGCCUACUUUGCGAACGAGAUCACGGCCACUCUGGCUCACGAGAGACCUACGAGAUCAUCAAAGCUCACGUUAUAUCGGCUACAUCUGGAUGAUAACGGGCUCCUUCGAGCUCAGUCUCGACUCACUGCUGCCAAUCAUUUCACAUAUGACGAGAAAAAUCCCAUCAUCAUUCCGGGCGAGAGCAGACUCGCUACCCUGCUUAUAUUACAUCAUCAUCGACUCAAUGCCCACAUGGGCGUAAGCACGAUUCUUAACGCCUUACGACGACGUUUCUGGAUCCUGCGCGGUCGCCAGGUCAUCAAGAGGCUUCUUCGAGGUUGCGUUGUCUGCAAUCGAGCGCAGGGACCCGGCGCUGAUCAGGUUCAGGCUCCUCUGCCGCUCGAGAGAGCCUCAUUGGUCGCUCCGUUCACCGUGACCGGCGUCGAUUUCUGUGGACCCUUUCACACCCGUUCCCGAGAAGGUCCCGUGAAAAAUUACAUCGCGCUUUUCACCUGCACCAGCAUCCGCGCUCUACACCUCGAACUGGUCCCGGUCAUGUCGACGCUCCAGACUCAUCUUGCCUUGCGCAGAUUCCUCGCGGAACACCAAUCGUGUCGCAAGUUCAUCUCCGAUAACGGUCGCUCCUUUGUCCGCGCCGCAGCCGAUAUUCGUCGACUCUUCAGCGAGAUCCGUAAUCCUCAAGUUCGGGAAUUCUCGCUCAACAUCGUAUCGAAUGGGUCUUCAAUUGUCCCGGGCCAGUUGGAGAGGCGGGUUUUUGAACGUCUCGUCGCGUUACCAAGAGAUGUUUGA